AUCGAUAAACCCUUCAUGCAAGAGUGAUCAGAAUAGUCCACAAAUUAUCACACGAGUGACUCAAGUAAAACGAUUCCGAUGUGUGCGGAGACUUUUGUACAUUUCUAAAACAAAACGGCGCGAUUUUUUGUUGAAUUUGUUUACCGUUCACUGUAUCAAGAGAAUAAAUGUGCCCAACAGGGGAAAAUAUUCGAGCCGUGAAGAGGCUUCGUAGAAUUAAAGGGAUUUAGCGUUUGUUGGCGACGAGAGGAGGAAAAAGAGAGAGCAAGCAUCAACGAGAUUACACACGACUUGACGUCGUGAUUAUUAAGGAAAAAUGACUGCUAUGGGUUUCUUCGGUUGCGCCUUCCUGGCCUUCGGCCCGCCGCUAGCUAUGUUCACCUUCACCAUCGCUCACGAGCCUAUCCGGAUAAUCGUGCUGAUCGCCAGCGCUUUCUUCUGGCUCAUCUCCCUGCUGCUGUCGUCGGUGCUCUGGUACAUUGUCGUCCCGCUGCAGGGAUACCUCGCGUUUGGACUGGUGUUUUCUGUACUGUUUCAGGAAAGCUUUAGGUAUCUGCUGUAUUGGGUUCUGCGCAGAGCUGAAAAGGGUUUGGACAAACUGACAACGAUAAAUGUGGCAGACAGCAGAGAUGCAUUCGCUUAUGUGUGCGGCUUGGGUUUCGGUUUCAUGAGCGGCUCCUUCGCUUUGGUUAACGUCUUGGCUGACGCAGUUGGACCAGGCACCAUGGGCCUGCGGUCAGGCACUGAAUACUUCUUUAUGAUAUCAGCCGCCACUACUUUGUGCUUGAUUCUACUGCACACAUUUUGGGGCGUUAUCUUCUUCUCUGCUCUGGACAGAAAGAAAUGGGGACAGAUCUUCUGGGUGGUCGGAUCCCACCUGUUUGUCUGUUGUAUGACCUUGCUCAAUCGUUAUCAGGCGUACAUGGUCACUCUGCUGACCGCUUACACAGUACUGGUGUUAACGGCCGCGCUCGCGUUUAAAAUCACAGGUGGACGGACGCAACUCCUGUUCCAGAGAAAUUGUUUACGGAGAAAUUGAGAGCUUGUAGGAGUUAUUUAAUAACGCGAUUACAGCAAAGAGAUCUAUCUUUAACAAUUACGAACGUCCUAAUGAGAUACAUCCUCCCCCUUUAGCUGCUAGUCUAUAAACGAUUUGUUCAUUGCUCCAUUAUAUAAGAACACGUCGAGCGAGCAGAAUAUUUUUAUGCUUUCAGCUUAUUAAGCAGGAUGAUGCGAGAAGAUGAGUAUAUUGUUGAUAAAUAUUACGAGGCUAAACAUAGUCCAUUGAAAUUCAUAAUGUGUACAUAAUGCAUUCACUUGACCAAACUGAGUGAGGAAUGUAUUUCAUACUGUAAUCUCUCAUGACGUUUUGAAAUUAAUAUAUUCCGUGAUGUUUCCUGAAGCAAGAUUUCCGCAAUUAUUUCCCCUUCAAAAGGCUCUAGCAUUGAAUACUCUCUGGUCAAGUUGUCCGUCCCUUAAUCAAAACAGUUGUAUGACAGAUUUGGACCAUUUCGAUGUGGAGCAUUCAUACAUUAUCUUCUUGUAUCCGUAAAGAGAAAGAAAACAAAUAUCCAAAAUGUGUACGUGUUUACGUGCGUCCGUGUAUGUGUGUAUAAAUACAUGUAUGCGUCUAUAAUGUAUAAUUAUUACGUCAAAUGAGGUGUAUAAUUGUGCAAUUCGCACCUUGAAAAUGAAUUCCUUGAUUAGGUUAAAUGAGGAUAAUAUGUAAGGAAUUGUUCGUUACUUUUUGUAUAUAAAAGGAAAUAAGAGGGAAGCCACUGAUAAUUACAUUUAAGAUAAUUACUGUGACAUAUAUAUAUAUAUCUCUUAACACACUUGAUUCAUUUAAUCUUCACUUACCACAUGUUGCAAUCGUUUAUUAUCCAAUUCACAUUGCAUUUCGUAUGACAGUAAAAUAAAAACAAUUUUUGUACAAUUU